AUGCGCAGUGGGCGACUGGUGGAGGCUGGUACGGAGGAAGGGAUCCUCAACAUGAGAGGAGGGAAACCUUCAGCUGAAGAGAAUCUUGCUGGCCAGGGGAGCCCCUGCGGUCUCACUUGGCCCAUCACAACAUGCUGGAUGUACUUCAUGUCCAUCGCCCUCUGUGCCCCCGCGCUACCGUCCAUGGCGAACAAGAUCGCUCGAUCGGACGGGAAGGGAACAGUCAGUGCUGAAGGCGUGAGGCUGUAUGGCACCCUCACCAGCAUCGACCAGGCCUUCACAGUGCUCUUCACAAAGCUCUGGGGCUCGUACUCCGACGUCAUCGGCCGAAAGCCCCUCAUGCUCUUCUCAGCCGCAGGUCUUGCGGUAGGAUGGGCCACCGUGGUGAAGGCGGCAGAGAACAAGAACAUGGCUCUGCUCUACUUCGGUCGCAUGCUCGACGGCAUCACAUCGUGCAUGCAGCCGAUCUGUCAGUCAGCGGUCCAAGAUGUGUCGGCACCCGAGCAGCUGAAGGCGAACUUCGGCAUCCUCCUUGGCCUUGCUGUGGGAGGAGCCUUCAUCCUUGGAGCGAUGAUGGGAGGCAUCAUCACCUCCAUCAAGGGCCCGGAGCUGGUCAUGGCAACAGCCUCCCUUGUCUCAGCUGUCAACUUCUUUGUCACGCUCUUCUUCGCCCCCGAGACUCUCCCACCUCAUAAGAGGAUGGCAAAGGUGCAGUGGAAGGAGGCGAACCCCUUCGGCGCCAUGGAGAUCCUCACGCGCGAUCUCGUCACGGCGGGAGCAGCUGCCUCCUACCUCCUCAUCUGGACAGCGUUGAACGGACAGCAGACGAACUUGUUCUCCUACGUCGAGUACCGAUACGGAUGGGACCGCACAAGAGGCGCCAUGCUCCAGGCCCAGGUUGGACUUGUCCUCGCCCUCAGCCAGAGUCUCGCCCCCAAGUACCUCAGCCCCUACCUCAGCACCUCCAACAUCAUUCAGCUUGGCCUCUUCCUCUACCUCGUCUCCGGCAUCAUCAUGGGACUGGCUCCUAACGGGCUCGUCUUCACGGGAGGAGCGCUCCUCUCAGCCGUUGGCUGCAUGGCGAUCCCUGUCCUCAUGUCCGUCGUGGCGUCUCGAGCGCCGCCAGGAAAGUCCGGAGCGAUGCUCUCGGCGCUAGAGACAGGCCUCACGCUUGAUCGCGUGCUCGCAUUCAAGUCCAUGGCCUCGCUGUUCGCCUGGGGAAUGAAGAAGUCGAUCCCUGGCGUGUUCCACUACGUCGGCUCCACAUGCUGCCUGCUGGCUAUGCUGGUGAUGACGAUGAUCUCGAAGGAGGUGGACAGAUGA